AAAUUGCAAUCUUACGAUUGGAAGACUUACCCUCAUAGAUGUCUUCUUAUCUUAGAUGACUUUGCUUCUCAUCCUUUGUUAAAGAAUAGAGAACAAGAUAUGUGUCGAAUUCUUAAGAAGCUCAGACACUUUAACAUCUCAGUUGUCAUUUGUGUACAGACAGCAAAGAGUUUAAGUAAGGAUGUUAAAAGAAUACUUACUGACAUUGUACUUUUCCCCGGAUUGUCCGAAGACGAUUUCAUGGAACUUAUGAAAGAGUCCAUGGCAGGUAAGUUUGACAGAUAUGAACUAUGGGAGAAGUACAAAGUCAUACAAGACCCUCAUACUUCUUUCAGAAUUCAUAUCUACGCAAACAAAGUUCAAAUUGUAAAAAGUCAAGCUUGA